GACACUAGUGACACUAUUGAUAGAAAUAUUUUGUGAUUUGCACGAAGAGGACGUGGUCGUUAAGUUUGUUGGAUUUUAAUUUGUUUAUUAGUUCUAGAUCAGAUUCAAAAAAGGCGUACACAGAAAUGAGCGACUUCGGGGGACCAGGUCCUUCACGACAAGGCCGCGGGGGCAACAGCAAUAGACGCGCAGGGCGGCACAGAUCGCACGACGGCAGGGGUCGAGGAGCUGGUGCGGCGCGUGGUGGCCGUGGCCGGGGUACUGGCGCAGCCCGGGGGAAUAUCAACGCUGGCCCUGGAAUUCUCGGGGAAAGGCCUGCUCUUAUUUCGGCAACACCUGAACAACAAAAUAUGCUUCAGCAAAUUGUACAUAACAAUACGGACGGAUCUCACGGCCAUUCGAAAAAUAAUAAUGCUCACUCCAACCAGAAAAACGACAGGGGCCGUGGUAAAAGGGACAGGCCCAUGGGCUUUAAAAUGCUAGAGGAAAUAUCUAAAUCUGAUAGUGUCGACAUCAUUGAAAAGAUUAACCAACAGAAAGCAUUUUUUACCCUUCUAUUAGAUACACCUGUCGACAAAAAGAAAAGCGACAUAUUCUUUUUGGUCCUUGAACUGAUUACUAACGUUUGGAAAACUUCCUUCGAGGAAUCUAAGAAGUUGCUUCUUCUGGAGCUAUGCAACACUAAGUUUAUCGACCACUUGCAACUGUACCUAAUGCAGUUGCCGUACACCGUGAGCAGGGAGGACAAAUAUUUUAACAAGUACUACUGGACUAGGGAGAAGGAAUUUUGGGGUCAUUUCAUGAAUUUAUGCGAGUGUCUUAUAAACGUUUCACCGGCGACGGCGGUGCACAAGUGCGGGGCGCUGAUCGAGGCUACCAGCAAGAGCUGUUUGGAGGGCUUGGAGGAGAAGCAAGGGUUCAAGUUACCGGAGGAAUACACGACAAGAAUGACUAAAAUUCGGGAAAGUCUAAAAGUCUGCGAUCAGGUACAGAUUCAAAACCAGAGGAGAUCAGAAGGAAUUGAUGAGGUCGGCGAGCCUCUCGAGAGCUUCCGUGAGCUGAGCGUGCUGCCCUCGGGUGCGGAGCUGCUGGAGCGGCGGCCGUUUUUGCGGCCCAACGUGGUGGAGGGCGCGUACGCAGACGUGGAGCACUACCUUGAUGUGCAGUUCCGCCUGCUGCGCGAGGACUGCUUCGGACCGCUCAGAGAAGGGAUACAUCAAUACAUCGAAGAUCCCAGGAAAAAGAAAUAUGAUAACAUACGCGUCUACCGAAACGUGAAAUUUUUAGAACCAUACGCGUCUAAGCAAAAAAUUGGAUCUAUUGUACUGCUCGAUGAAAACACUAUGAAGAUGUUCAAGAGAGUGAACUGGGCACACAGCAAACGGUUCCUGUUUGGUUCCCUCGUAGUCUUCACCAAGGAUAACUGCAAGAGCUUCCUUGUGGGAACCAUUUUGGAACGUGAUGAAAAAUUCUUGAACAAGAGACAGCUACCAGUCAAUAUUGUAAAUUCGGCAAUUGACUCAAACUUAUACAACGACGAUCCAUACAUAAUGAUAGAGUGCGAAGUUUACUUCGAACCAUACUACCACGUGCUAAAAGCGCUCCAGGACCCCGGCUUCCCGGAACACUUGGCUAUGAGCAAAUACAUUGUCGAUGUUGAAAAAGUCCCUGAAAAACCAGCUUACCUCACUCCGGGAACCAUUUAUCAAAUUCAAAAUAAAGACCUCGAAGACAUGAAAUUCAUUGUUUUGGAAGAUCACAGCUGGCCCUUGCAAACUGAGCUGGGCUUGAAUAAUACCCAGUAUGAAGCGUACAAACUGGCGCUCACCCAUGAGUUCGCCGUGAUUCAGGGCCCGCCGGGCACCGGCAAAACCUUCCUCGGUGUCAAAGUCGCGGAAACUCUUCUUAAAUACGCACCAUUCCCUAAAAUCCGAUGCUGCAUGCUUGUGAUAUGCUACACAAAUCACGCCCUGGAUCAAUUUCUAGAGGCUCUUUUACCAAUCACCCAGUCUUUGGCACGCAUUGGGGGCAGAUCACGAAACGAAGCAUUGAAUCAAUUUAAUAUAAAUAAUUUGAGACGUAAAAACAACAGCAGUUAUUAUCAUGAAAGGAGAAUUGAGUUAAAAACGCUGGUCAGUGCAAUAGAUCACGCACAAGCUCGUGUCGAUGCCUUGAACUCUGGAGUCUUGAGCUACAAAAGUAUUGUAGCAUACAACGAAGAGUGUAAAAUACUUGAAAAUUUCUAUAGAGGGAGAACCAUAAAAGAUGUUUUAAAACAUUGGCUUUUUGAAAAUGUGGAUGAUAUUAAAAUUGAUCCUACAUUAUUAGAACAAGUUGAAAAUGAGCAGCCAGAUGAACUUGUAAAUAAUAACGCAGACGUCGACGAUGAUAUCUUUGCUAGAGAUGAAAUCGAUUACGAUGAUUUGUACGAUGACGGCUUUCCGGGAGAAAAACCAGGCUAUGACUCCGUUACUACAUCUUUCUCUUUGCCUGACAAAGAAGAGAAGAUAAAAUCUUUAUUGCGAAGGUUUCAAGAUCUACAAAACAACGGUAGUUCGACAUAUGAAUUAAGAGAAUUAGAAAACGAGAUAUGUCGCGUGUAUUCAGAAGUAAAACUUUUCAAAGAUAUGUUGGAACACCGGUCCCGACCUCCAAGGAUUCGCCUAACCAAUGCACUAGAUUUAACUACUGUUCCCCGUGUAGAGCGUUGGUCAUUGUACUUUAAAUGGGCCAACGUAGCCAUGGAGGACGUGAAGAAAAAAAUUCCACAAAUUGAAGAGAGGUUGCGUUCUGCCGCAGUGGCUUAUGAAGAAGCAAGGAUGAUGGUCGACCUAUCUGUACUGAAGAGAACUAGAGUCGUCGGAAUGACCACAAGUGGGGCAGCAAGACUGCGCAAGUUGUUAGCAGAAAUAGCAGCUCCAAUAGUGGUGGUAGAGGAGGCCGCAGAAGUCCUGGAGUCGCAUAUAGUAACGUCUCUUACAAAAAGUUGCCAGCACUUGAUUCUCAUAGGGGAUCACCAGCAGCUGAGGCCGUCAGCGGCGUACCUACGGCUGGCGCGGUACUACGAGCUCGAGGUGUCGCUGUUUGAGCGCAUGAUCCGCAACGGCGUGCACAGCCGCCGGCUCGGCGUGCAGCACCGCAUGCGCCCCGAGAUCGCCGCGCUCGUCUCGCCCAUCAUCUACUCCGACUUGCAGAACCACCGCUCCGUCGAGGACUUCCCGCCCGUGCGUGGCGUCGCGCACAAUCUCUUCUUCUUUUCCCAUGACUACAGGGAACAAUGCGAAGACGACAGUUCAAGUCGUAAAAACACGCAGGAAGGUGACUUGGUGCUCCGUCUGGCGAACUACUUGAUGCAGCAGGGCUACAAACCUGAGGAAGUCACCAUUCUCGCCGCUUACUCCGGCCAAUUGUUCUACAUGCGAAAACAACGGUCACUGUACGAUCAUCUGUCAAACGUGAAGAUCACAGUCCUGGACAACUACCAGGGCGAGGAGUCGAAGAUAAUCCUGCUGUCGCUGGUGCGCAACAAUGACAACGACAGCAUCGGCUUCCUGGGCACCGAGAACAGGAUCUGCGUCGCCUUGUCCAGGGCCAGAGAAGGUUUCUUUAUAUUUGGGAACAUCGAUUUACUCAAGAGGAAAUCAGAACUGUGGACUAAAAUUGCAGCUACUUUAGAGAAAAAUGGGUCUCUUGGAACAAGUUUGAAGCUGAAAUGUGAUAAUCAUAACGGACAAAUUACUACGAUAACGUCAGUAAGUGAUUUCGUAAAAGUUCCUGAAGGCGGUUGUCUAUUGGAUUGUAAAUACAACUUGCCAUGCGGACAUGCUUGCCCUCGCGUUUGCCACGCAUAUGACUUGGUACAUGCGAAAAUACAAUGCACCAAGGAUUGUGAAAGGAAAAUCUGCCAAGUCGAAGGUCACAAAUGCCCGUUCAAAUGCGCUAAAGAAUGCCAACCAUGCAAGCGGCUCGUGGAGAAGUCGCUUCCUUGCGGCCACAAUAAAGCGGUUCCAUGCUUCAAGGAGCCUGGCGAUCCAUCUAUACAGUGCACGGCGCCGGUCGACGUCACUUUACCUGACUGCGGACACCAAGCAAAGAAAGAGUGUUACAUGAAGACAUCCGAUGUCAAAUGCAAAGACAAGUGCCCCAACGGCAGACUCAAGUGCGGCCACGCGUGCCGCAGGACGUGUCAUGUCAAUGAUGACCCCGACCAUGUGCGGUACACUUGCCUGAAGGCGUGCCCGAAGGCGAAGAAAGGCUGCACGGCUAACUUGGAAGGGGACCUCGGCGAGCACAAAUGUCUACGUUCCUGUUUCGAAGAGUGUGUCGAUUGCAACGUCCAGGUUAUCAAGAAGAGGUCCGGUUGCACGCACUCGAAGAGAGUGGCGUGUCACGAAGAUGUGAACGCGAAGCCGUGCCGAGAGAAGUGCGCGCGCUCGCUGCCCUGCGGUCAUCACUGCAAGAAGCUGUGCUUCGAGAAAUGCGGGGAUUGCAAGCAAAAGACCAAAAAACCCAUACCGGGCUGCAACCACGAAAUAGUGAUCGAGUGUGGAACAGAGCCAACCCGAGACAUGUGCAGACUGAAAUGCGGACGCGUCAUGGCGUGCGGCCAUGCUUGUCAAGCGCAGUGCGGCGAGCCAUGUGAUAUAACCAAGUGUACAGAAAUCACACCGCGCAGUUUCUCGUCGCCUUGUGGCCAUAACGUGCAGCUGCCUUGCAACGUGUCGCGGCAAGCGACACAGACAGGAUCUGCAGUUUCGGUGGAGACGUUGCUCUCGCAGUGUGCAGCGCUAUGCGGUGCCCUGCUCCGCUGUGGCCACGUAUGCGGCGGCUCGUGCGCCGGCUGCCGCCAGGGCCGCCUGCACCAGCCCUGCGCCGCGCGCUGCCACCAGCUCAACAUCUGCGGACACAGAUGCGAGGAACCGUGCAACCAGGUGUGCCCGCCGUGCCGCCGCAAGUGCGAGGUCAAGUGCCCGCACUCACCCUGCUCCAACCUGUGCGGCGCGCCCUGCACUAUGUGCUCGGAGACUCCGUGCGGUCGCUCGUGCGAGCAUUCGUCGUGCAAGCGCACUUGCGGCGCGCCGUGUGACCGAGCGCCGUGCUCGGUCGCGUGUCCGCUCUCGCUGGCGUGCGGCCACCCGUGCCGCGGGCUCUGCGGCGAGCCCUGCCCGCCGGCCUGCCGCCUCUGCGACCCCGAGGGCUUCCCCACCGACCUGCUUGGCGAUCCCUACGAAGACGACGCUAAAUUAAUUCAGCUACAGGAUUGUCCUCACAUUUUUGAUGUCGACACCUUGGAUACUCUAAUGAACAGCAAAGACGAUACUAUUCAACUCAAGGCAUGCCCUUGGUGCCGUCAACCUAUAGUCAAUACAUAUCGGUACAAAGACUUGAUUAAUAAAUUACUGAAAAACGACAUCAAUCCAAUUAAAGCAAAGGUGUACGGGACGGACGCCCAAAGAAGAACAAAGAAAUUGGAAAUGCUUCAUAAAGUAAUGGAACUAGCAGACGCACAUAAAAGGACUUUCUUAGCAAGUAAAGAAUGGAGCAAUGCCUUACAUGUGAUGGUUAAGAUCAUUAAAUGUGCGCAAAAUGACAGAAAAAUAUCACUUCUACAGUUGGAGAUGAACGAUAUAUACAUUAACUUCUUGGAUACUGUCGGGCAAUACUAUAUGAAAUACAAAGAUGCACAUUUAUCACAACUGGAAAUGGAAAUGAAAACUCAGGUCAAACUGCUUUGCAACGUACUCACUACUAAUUCACACAAGAUUAGUGAGCAACAACAAUUGGACAUAGAUAAUGAGCUUAGACGUAUGAAUUCCAUGAUUCAGUUAGCUAAGAUAUUAAGCCACGAAAGCUACAAAUCUUCGGAGACUAAUGAGAAUGUGAUGCAAGCCAGUGCCGCUGCAAACGACGCUGUUCUGAGUUGGCGCGUAUUUAACGAAGGUAAGGGAGUGGAAUGCUUGAAGAAACUUGAAAAUGCUGUGAAGUUGUCGGGCAUAGCAAGCAGGGAGGAGCGUGCGAUGAUAGUGAGAGCGAUAGGGCUGAGGGCGGGACACUGGUACAAGUGUCCCAACGGGCACUUCUACUGCAUCGGCGAGUGUGGCGGCGCUAUGCAGCUGUCCAAGUGUCCGGAUUGUGGCGCGGCGAUAGGCGGCCAGCAGCAUCAGCUGACGGCGGGCAACCAGCACGCCAGGGAGAUGGACGGAUCGCAGUUCGCUGCCUGGUCCGAGGAAGCCAACAAUAUGGCAAAUUUCAAUUUUGAUUAGGAUAAGCAUUCGCUGUCUAAAAAGCGUUAUGCAUGGCCUAUGAAACUGAAAUGUCGGCUUCUUUUAACCAUGUUAUAAUGACAAGUGACAAGAACAAUAAGAGAACCUACCUAAAGCUAAAUUUACGAUAGCUACAUAUGUUAACACGUUCCCUGUCCGGGUGCCCGCCAAUGUUGGGUCAUGAAGCUUUUUUUCAGGAGUCCGUGCUUUCACUAUGGAUUCACAACUUCAAAGUGGAAGCACACGUGGACGUGUGACCUAUUUCAUUUUGUAUAGGGACAUUGAACGUGUUAAGAUUGAAAUCUGCCUAUAAGUAUUAUAUGGUUAAUGCUACCUAUGUCAAAAUGUAGGUUGAAAUUGAGUGUUUGUAGAUUUAUAGCCAUGUAUAAAACUCGUAUCACGAUGGAUCAUAAGUGUUGUAUAUAGUAUGGUCCAUACUUAUUAGUAAUUUAACAGUUCACGUAUAUAUGACUAAAGCUUUAGCGUCGCUGAAUGUCCUAACCCAGGGGUCAUCAAUCAGUUUCUUCAGGGGUCCAGUUCUUUAAAUAUAAUUGAAAUAAAAUGACCAUCGCGGUCCGUUUCUUUUCUACUUGAGUUUAUUAAGGGGCUCCCCGCGGUUUUCAUCGAUUUUUGACAAGUUUUGAACCGAUACUCCUACAAGUCCUACAUUUGAACUAUAGAUGGAAUUAUAAGACAAACGGCUAUCGGUUCUUUAAUCUUUUAUCUCCAUUCUUGUCUGCCAGAUUUUGAAAGAAAUGAAUCUUAUUUUUUUAAACAUUGCCUAAAAACAUUUUUCGUAACUAUUGCUGUUAAGGAUCUUACAUAUACGAAAUCUACAUAUUUGGGUUUGUCUUUGACGUCUCUAAAAACUGAUUAGAGAUUUUAAUUUUAAACUAAUUAACACAAAAGUUAUGGCCAGAAAACCAAUUUUUUGGCCUACUUUUGUUUAUCUUUGAUGCCAAAUAUCUCGAAGAGAAUGAACUUUGAAGUAAAUAUGGGAUACCUACUAUAUUUCUUAAAGCCGUUGCUGUUAAUAUGAUAAACUACAAAAAACAUUAGAAAACUAAGUGAUUCAGAUCGAAGGUCAUUGGCGCCAGGGAGCCCUUUAAUAAGCAAAAAAAAAAAUAGGUCGCCGGUCCGUCAUUUGGUGACCCCUGUCCUAACUUUGACCGCCAAAGACGUCAACAGCGCGCGCGUCUACAGCCCAAUAUCAACCUCCGUGAAUCCCGACAAGGUUCACUAUGACGCGCCGCACACGAUAGGCGUUCAAAGGGUUACUUAUAGCGAAAUUCUGCGGCCCAGCACGCACAGCAAGGUACCCUAGCUUUAAUGAAUAUAAAUUGAUAGAAAAAGUUAACUCUAUAAAAAUUUAUAACUGAUAAAAAAAACUAGUGUCGUUUGUCUAUGAUUCAACAUAGUAAUAUAUUCUAUGAUCAUUGCCAAGAGGGCGCUGUUUAUUCUCAUGUAUAGGGUGACAGUUCAGUAUAGUAUGAAAAAAGUUGUUUGGCGCGUCAGGCUUUACAUUUUUUAGUCCUUAAGAUUAUGUAUGUGACUCAUGUGUGGUAGUAAACCUUUGUUUUAUGUCUUAUAUUUGACUUAUUAAUUGUGAUUUGUGUUUUCACGAUAUUAUAAUUAAAUAUGAUCAAUAUUAUUAUAAUGCUUUUGUUUAGUUUCAGAUUUUCACAAUUAUUAUUUAAGUUUUAUUGAAUAAAAUUAUUUUACUCGA